UUAAGGUUUUUCUUUUGUGAAACCUGUACCUCUUUCUACCCAGCUCUCAUCUUUCACUGUCACUUUCGAUUGAAGCUUACUCUUGCAUUUUUUUUUCUCCUUUUUCAUUCGGCACUGGACCUUUCCCAUUCGAUUUCAUUCUCAGCUGGUGGGUUGCACCUCAGUGUCCUGCACCAUUUGGCCUCUCAUUCGCUGCCGUUAGGACUCUCCUCUACAUUGAUUUCCUUCAUUGAUAUGUUCUGAAACAUGGUUUAUUUGGAUUUGAUAUCAACAAGAAAGGAACCCCUCAAGGCACUAUUAAAGUGCAAUAAGCAAGUACUGAUAUCUUUGUUAGACAAGAAGAACCUGGCCUUUCUUGUUACCGGCCUUCAAGAAUUCGCGUACACAAUUGUUUCUAGUGGAGGAACUGCAUCUGCCUUAGAAAAUGCUGGUGUCUCUGUAACCAAAGUGGAGCAGCUUACGUGUUUCCCUGAAAUGCUUGAUGGUCGUUUGAAAACUUUGUAUCCCAACAUACGUGGUGGUAUUCUUGCUAGAAGAGACCAGAAACAUCACAUGGAAGCUCUUAACAAGCAUGGAAUUGUUGAGUUUUAAACUUGUGGUGAAACAUUUUUAAGGAUAAGGGCCUUUUUCCCAGCUUUUUUUUUUUUGGGAAAAAUACUUAAAAGGGCUAAAUUUAAAAGGGCUAAAUGGUUAUAGCAACCAUAAAAAAAAAGUAAAAAAAAAUAAAAAUUCAAGCUUUAUUCCUUUUCAUCAAUUGAACUAGGUAAUAGUACUAUUUGUUCUCAUUCUUACUUUUAUUUUUGUUUGCAUUCCUG